AUGAGUGAUAACGCUAAACACCAGUCUCAAAACAAACGUAAGUUUGAGGCCCCAAAACGCGAGCCGAUCGUCAAUUUGUCGAAAUAUGCAGAUACGCAAAUUCGGAUAAAAUUGAUGGGAGGAAGACUCGUUGUUGGAGUCCUCAAAGGUUACGACCAGCUCAUGAAUUUGGUUCUGGACGAAACUGUAGAGCAUUUGAGAGACCCUGAAGACGAUACCAAAAUCUUGGCAGGCCAAACAAGAGAACUGGGUCUUGUGGUUAUCAGAGGCACCAUGUUGGUGACGCUAAGUCCUCUUGACGGGUCCGAGAUUAUUACCGGACCCUCUGUGCAGUAG